AGCAGGUCAUGGUGGUUGUUCUGGGCGGUGUGAUCGUGUCCGCCGAAGAAAUCUCGGAAGUAGGAUAACCCCAGCCCAGGAAAGCAUUCCAACGAGUUAAGACGCCAUGAACUCUGGCUGUCAUGUCUAAUAAAAAGUCAUCAGCCAUGCUGCUGGACAUGUUUGGGAGCCGUGGGCGCAAGAAGCCCCCCAAGGGGGGCCAGGCGGCGUACCCGUCGUCCCAGCCGCGGCCCCUGUCGGAGAACCUGUCGGCAGACGUGGACAUCUACCUGAACAGCCUGCUCGACGAGGAGGUCAACCAGGCCUUCGAAAACAUGCUGGACGACAUGAACCUGACGGACGAGAAACGGGCCCCCCUGCGCAACAGGACCCUGAUGGAGAAGCGUGAGAUGUUGUCGAUGCACCACAAGGGAACGACGGGAGGCAAGAGGAGCAGUCGUUGCGAGACCCCCCUGGACUACGUCAACUUCCUCAGCUCUGAGAACAUGUCGGCGGACAAGCUGUUCCGGGGCAUCGAGUCCCUCCGCGUCGCCCUCACCAACAACCCUGUCAGCUGGCUCAAGGAAUUCCUCCAGGAAGGAAUGGACAAGCUGCUGAAGAUCCUGCAGCGGUGCAAACAGCACAGUAGGGACAACCGGUACGAGCGGAUAGAGCACGAGGUCAUCCGGUGCGUGCGAGCCCUCAUGAACAACACGCCCGGUCUCAAGUACGUCUACGAGCACGUCUCAGCGCUGACGAUCGUGUCGGCCAGCAUGAACGUGGCCCGGCCGUACGUCAUGGUGGACGUGAUGAAGCUCCUGGCGGCGGUCUCCAUCGUGCCCCCCAACGGGCACGAACAGGUGCUCCGCGCCAUCACGGAGUGUGCGGAGGCCGAGGAGCACGAGCGGUUUGCGCCCAUUGUUGCCGGCCUGGGCUGCAAGGAGAACGACGCUCUGCGGACGGCGUCCAUCCAGCUCAUCAACGCCUUGGUCUCGGGCACGGAGGACUUUGACUUUCGGGUUCACCUGAGAAACGAGUUCAUGCGCACGGGGAUGAUGGACAUCUACGAGAGCCUCCAGAACGAGGUGGUGGAGAGCCCAGAGCUGUCGGUGCAGCUCAAUGUCUUCAAGGAGACCAAGGACUUCGACUUUGAGGAGCUGUCCCAACGCUGCGAGAGCAUCACCCAGGAGUUGAACGACCCCCUGGAGUGCUUCGAGCUGCUGAGGAACACGCUGAAGGGCACGCCGUGCGAGAUGUCCCUGCUGUCUAUGCUCCAGCACCUGCUCUGCAUACGAGACGACGUUCAAGUCAGGCCAGCCUACUACAAGCUCAUUGAGGGCUGCAUCUCCCAGAUUGUGCUGCACAAAAACGGCUAUGACCCAGACUUCCGCAAGCCUGCCCGCUUCACUGUGGACAUGGAGAUGCUUCUCGAGAGCAUAGUGGAAGGCUCCAGAAGCGAGGAGCGGGACCACGUGGAGCAGCUGCAGAAGAAGCUGGAGGAGGCACUCACCCAGAAGCAGGAGUGCGAGGCCAAGCUGGCCAACUACGAGGCACGCCUGCAGAACCCAAACGGUGCCAAACUGAGCGUUCCGCCCGGCCUGGCACCAACGGGGGGUGCGCCCCCACCUCCGCCCCCUCCCCCUCCCCCCAUGCCAGGCGGCAUUCCCCCUCCUCCGCCCAUGCCCGGCAUGGGAGGGGGCGUUCCUCCUCCUCCCCCCAUGCCCGGCAUGGGCAUACCCCCGCCCCCUCCCAUGCCGGGCAUGGGGGGGCCCCCUCCUCCCCCGCCCAUGCCCGGCAUGGGACCCCCUCCACCGCCCCCUCCCGGGCUGGGGGGCAUGCUGGGCCAGAUGCCCAACGGGGGACCCAUGGCCCCGCUGGGCGGAGGGGACAUGCUGCCCCACGGGAUGAAGCCCAAGAAGAAGUACACCGUGGGCACCACCCUCAAGAGGGCCAACUGGAAGAAGGUGGCACCCCAAAAGGUGUCGGAGAAGGCAUUCUGGCUGCGCGUGUGCGAGGAUGAGCUUGAGAGCGAGGACAUCUUCGAGGGCCUCGUCUCGAAGUUCUCGUCGGCUCCUCCGGCCAAGAAGGACAAGGCGCCCGAAGAGAGCGUCCGCACCACCAAGAAGUCCAAGGAGCUCAAGGUGCUGGACGGGAAGGCCGCGCAGAACCUCAUGAUCCUGCAAGGUUCGCUCAAGAUGUCGGCGUCGACGAUCCGCGACUACCUGCUGGAGGUGGACGAGGAGCACCUGACGGAGGCGAUGUUGCAGCAACUCAUCAAGUACAUGCCCGAGGCGGAUCAGCUCAAGAAGCUCGCCGAGCUCAAGGACAACCUGGCAGACCUGGCGGAGGCCGAGCAGUUUGCCGUCGCGAUCGGGAGCAUUAAGAGACUUCACUCGAGGCUGGAGUCCAUCAGCUUCAAGCUCCGCUUCUCGGAGAUGGUGCAGGACAUCAAGCCCGGUAUCGUGGCUGCGACGGAAGCCUGCGAGGAAGUGCGCUCCAGCCGGAAGUUCGCCAAGGUCCUGGAGCUGGUCCUGCUCCUGGGGAACUACAUGAACACGGGUUCCCGUAAUGCGCAGGCCAUCGGAUUCGACAUCAGCUUCCUGCCAAAGCUGUCCAGCACCAAGGCGCACGACCAGAAGACGACGCUCGUGCACUUCUUGGCCGAGACGAUGGAGAAGAAGUUUCCCGAGACGCUGACCUUUGGCGACGAGCUGAGCUACACAGAGAAGGCGGCCAGGGUGUCCCCUGAGCAGCUGGAGAAACAGCUGAACCAGAUGAAGAAGUGCAUCACUCAGCUAGGCACCGACCUCAAGACCUUCAAGCCACAAGAGCCCAACGAUCGGUUUGGCGAUGUCAUGGCCGGCUUCUAUGAGCAAGCGCAGCAGGAACAUGAACUGCUCUCGAGCAUGUUUGCCAAGAUGAAGAAGCUCUACGAGUUCCUGGCCGAGUUCUUUGUCUUCGAGGCCAAGAAGUACACCCUGGACGAGUUCUUUGGAGACAUCAAGACCUUUAAGGAGCAGUUUGCGGCGGCCCAUGCAGAGAAUGUACGUGCCAGGGAGCUGGAGGAAAAGCGUGUGCGGGACAAGGAGGCACGGGAAAAGGCGGACCGGGAGAAACAGGAGCGGCUGGCAAAGAAGCAGCAGCUUGUCGACAUCAGCUCAGGUCAAGACCAAGAGGGGGUCAUGGACAGCCUGCUGGAGGCGCUCAAGACGGGCUCGGCCUUUUCGCACAAGCAGAGGCGCAGGCCCCCCAGGAGCACCAACGCAGCGAACAAGGCCCAGCUAGCGAGGAGUCGAUCGAGAGGUGGUGCCCCCACCCUGGACCUGGAGUGCCGCACCAUCAUGCAGCGCAGUUGACAGCCGCCCACGCUGCCACCUCCGGCCAUCUCGCCGGUGCCCCCGGCACCCUCCGGGCAGCGCCCUCUGGACUGUUUGCACUGUGCAGGCACCAGACCGCGCUGCACGUUCACUCCCGUUCAUUUUUACGACCCGGUACCUUGUCGCAAUCGCGCGCGCAAGGCAAGUUUCGCUGCCACCGGGAAUCCGUCGACGUGCGGAUUGCUCGGUGCUUGACUUAAAAGUUGUAGAAAAUGGUGUGCCUAGGCCUCUUUUUUUUAACCCUAAUUUUGUUUUAUUUUGUAUAAAGUUACGAGCUUAAAACCCAGAGCAUCACUCUAGUCACUGACAGAGCGGGAACGGCCGAGUGUGUCUUUCGAUUGCCCGGUUUCCAUCGCGCGCUCCCCGCUGACCGCAUGCUUGCGCUCGAGGUGCGUGGGCCGUCGAAGGUGGGAAGCUGGCGUUGGAUGCGAGGCAACUGAAGCUCCUCCCUGUUCUCACCCUUUCAGUGACCAUAACCACUUCAAUCCGAAGUGCGAGGGCCCGACCAAGUGGGGCGCACCGGAGAUUUCUCCCGCACUUUGGAGGGUGCUGGGUUUUGUACAUAGGGCGGCGUUUGCACCCGCAGCGCACACUUGCACUCGUCGUUUUGGAGACGACUGUCGUGUCCGGCUUUCGGGGUCCCGCGUAAGAGCGACGCAUGGAGAGGUCAAGCUGUUGCGUCGGUUGUUUUUGCAAAUUGGGGACGUCGGCCCGUGCGAGUUGGGCCUUGAGUGUAGAUUGGCCCUGCGUGGAUUUCUUUUAGAGAGGGCUGAUCACUUCGGGAAACUGCACUUCGUGCUUUUUAAUGAGCUGCGUUUGACGGGACGGAAGUGUUUCUUUUAGGAAACGUUUUAGAAUUUAGGAAUAUCUAUACUAUAAUGUGGAGGGUGUGAUAUGCAAUCUCUCCCUAUUUUCUUAUCCUCUUAGAACUCAAAGGAUGCCGUAAAAUCCCGAGAAAUAGCCCAUCUAAAAUCGAGAAAAAAUUGCGUGGAAAUAAGGAGUGGGUUAACUUUUGGUUUGCAAUCAAGAAAAGUUGAAAAAGGCUAUUUUUAGAUCAUGCAUCUCUGUCAAACUUGUUAUCACGGCGAGGGGCAAUGAAGCAAAGGUGACUCUGCUUCCCAGUCAGCAAUGUUCGCUUAUAUCCGGCCAUAGCUUACGAGACGCAUUUACGCCAAGGACAUUGUUGAUCCGAACACUGAUUUCUAGGAGUGGGCUAUCUUUCGGUGUUUAAAAGAAAAUAGCAAAUCAAGCCAAAAAUAGGGGUGGGUUACCUUUCGGGAAUGGGGCAUCUCUCGGGAUUUUACGGUAGUAGAUUGGAAUGCGCCUGUCUGGUGCGCCAACUCAGCGGUAAACGCUAAACUGUACGAACAAUGCGUCAAAAGUGUUAAUGUCGUGUUGGUACUCGUGUUGGUACUGUGUCACACAACUUAUCUGGAAAGUAUUUCCCAUGUCAAAAUAUUUUAAUAAUAGUAAUAAUAAUUAAGAUAAUAAUUGAUAAUUGUGCAUGGAAAUGUAAUCAAAGAGAUAGGCAAUGAAAUUCUGGAAUAUUUACAGAGUACAUUGUACCUUGCGGGGUACUAUCUUCUGAUGCAGUUGCACAAGGAUUUUUUUUUGCCAGAUAAAGUUGUAUUAAAGUAUAGGAAGGUUCUGUGUGUCUAUACUUAAGCUUAAAACUAGCUUUUCUCACACACAGUGCAAACUGCACUGGUGUAUCUGGAGGAGUACCAUUGGCACUUGAGAAUUUGGCUGUUCCCGAGAAAAAUCAUCUCAACCAAUGUUUACGUGUACGCUUGUCUGCUCCCAUAAUUUCGUAAUUGCAGCGAGAUUGCUAUUAUUACGGUUGGUUGUAGUCUAUCUCGAGAAAAACUUUCCCAAGAUUAUUCUUCCUAAACUAGGGUUUGCUAACAGAGCUCAUCAAAUUUAGUGUGACUAGAGCACGGUUCUCUAAACUCCGGUGUGCCGCAAUAUGCAUCUCUUGUAGAUAUGUAUGUAUGUAUAUGUCUGUAUGUAUGUAUGUAUGCUCGUGCAUGCACUGCAUGGAGGGCAAGUACCUGUAAAAGAAUCUACCAGGAGGAAAACUGACCACGUUUUUUGGGGUCUAUGUAGGGACCAUACUGGCUGGCAAGCUUUUAACACUGUGAUCACUGCACAAAAAGAGUCUGGCAAAAGUAGCCGUGUGAUCUUGAAGCACAAUACGACUCGCGGCAGCGGUUGGAACCGACCAACCGGCCCCGUUGUCGAGCUCAACGAAAUAUCCCUCGCUUGUGAUACAAAGGAGUAUUUUUAUAGUCGCCGAUGCUAGGAGCUGCGCCGCUAACCAGAGCUGAGGUGGGGUCAGCCUUGUGGUGCGCUUUCCGGUACCAGCGACAGUGCAGUAUUUAGGACCUGUAAAAAGUUUUGACAAGUGAGCUAACCAUGUCUUCAAAGAGCUCUGCCUGAUGUAUGUAGUCCCGUGCACUGUUUAGAGUAACAGCCACAGUCGUCCUCGAGCCCCACUAUGUGUGACAUUUGAUGGCCAAUCGUCAGUUUCUCCUCAGUCCCGCUUGUAAAGUGCCUGGUCUACUCAAGAAGGCUCGUGAAUAUGCCAUAGUCACUGACGAGAUGAGAACGGCGGGUCAUUUCUUUGGAACGCCUGGCCUCCAGCAUGGGCUUGUUGCCUUCAGCCGUGCUUUGGCGGCGUGUUCACGCUCUAAGCUUGAGGGACGCUGAAGCGUCGUCAAAGGUAGGAAGCUCGUGCUGGGGCCGGGACAACCGAAAGACCUGCCUGCUGUUCUCGUCUUGUGGGUAACUUUAGUGGAGGCCAACGCUUUUGUGUUCUUGCUGGAGUCCCGAAGGGGUCUCGAGGCCGGACGCUGCCUCGAGCGGGCCUUUCUAGCCCCCACUGCCGUGCCUUUUGUUGACCCGAUGAGCCAGCCCUUUCUCCUUGCGCCAUUUUCCCCCAUGGUUCGGUGCUCUCCAUUGUACCGUGGAGGAAGUGCGUUGCCUUUUGGUGCGACAUGAUUCUCUUCCCACCCGACAGGGUCUGUGGCCGUUCUUUACAUCGGUUGCCCGGAUGGGAAACAUUGCAUCUUGUCAUGAACUUUGCUCUAUGCUGGCAUACUGCUUGGUGUGUGACAAGGGCAAUCCUCCCCACUUGAAGUGCCUGACAAUUUUUCCAGUGAGAGAGAAAUGGAAAUAAAGCUGUUAUAUUUUA